CUAACAGCAGGGACACAUGCUCCUCUGGAAGUAGCUUAACCACACAGAAACACCCUCACACCUGCAUAUAUGAUGCAUUCAGCAUUUCUCAUCCUGAUCAUCUUAACAGAUGUGACUUCCUGUCAGAAAGUGUGCAGUUACCAGGAUGUUCUGGACUAUCUGAACCUGACUAGAGAUAACAGUGUGUUUAAACUGACCCGGCCUGUGCUGGACUACACACACCCCACCAAAGUAGAGCUGGACAUCAUCCUGUAUGCCAUCCUGGCUGUGAUUGAGAAAACACAAACUUUUAUUCCCUUCGUCUGGGCAACCCUGAUAUGGAAUAAUGAACGCAUCUCAUGGGACCCUGAUCAGUUUUGUGGAAUUACUCAUAUCACAAUUCCUCGAGAAAUCCUCUGGAAACCAGAUGUCUUCGUUUAUGAGAUGAUACAGACGGACGACUCCCCUCAGAGUUAUUACAUCUCUGUAGCCCACGAUGGGACAAUCACUUCUGAAGACGACAUUAAGAUUGUCAGCACCUGUAAGAUGGAUGUCCACAAGUUCCCCUUCGACACACAGAAAUGUAACAUCACCAUUGGUUCUGCAAGUCACUGUGUAGAUGAGAUGCGACUUUCUCCUUUCUCCAACUCCUCUCGAGCCACGCAGUUUUCCCGUGAAGUGAUGAAAACGCAGGGAGAGUGGGAAUUCCUCCAACUAUCCAUCUCCAAAGUCAAUAUGACCUUUGAAAAUAAACUGUGGGAAAACCUCAUAUACACUUUCAGCAUGAAGAGGAGGCCACUCUUGCACGUCAUUAACUUCCUGUUGCCCAUCUUAUUCUUCCUAACCCUGGAUCUCGCCUCCUUCUUCAUCGCUGACCAUCGAGGAGAGAAGCUGGGCUUCAAAGUCACCGUCCUGCUGGCAAUCUCCGUUCUGCUGCUCAUCCUGAACGACAUCCUGCCCUCCAUGUCCAACAAGACCCCACUCAUAGCAACAUACUGCAUUGUGAUUUUUGCCCUUAUGCUGCUCAGUCUGCUGGAGACGAUUUUGGUUACACAUCUGAUAGAAAAAGACUCCCAAGUCAAGCUCAAGGUGAAGAACGAACAUAAAAAAGCCAAAACUAAUAACAGCGAUGCAGAAGACAAAAGACAGACCUGCUGUUCCUGCAUCUGCAUAGUGUCCAGUGAUGAGCAACAGCAUGAGCUACUGCCUGUUGCUGAAGUGGUUAACAACAGUAAUCAUACAGGAGAAUAUCAUGUGCUGGUGCUGAUCCUGGAGGAGCUGAAGGAGCUGAAGAAAGCACUAAAUCUGCACCUCAGUGGCAGCGAAGAGGGAGGGAAGUACGUCCAGUGGGCAGCCAGAAUCAACAGGGUUUUCUUCAUUUUCUAUGCUGUCACCGUGUUGCUCUUUCUCUCUCUCAUGUACACUGAGUGGAACACUUAGAAGUAAUUCCUAUUAAUACUACAGUUUCUGUACUGUAGAGUAUUUGUGUCAAAUAUGGCUUGUAUUGUCUUUUUGGAUUUAGGACAUCAUGUUAAUGUUGUAAAACCUUAUUAUUUUGUGCUUUAUAUACACUUUAUAUAGUUUUGCUUUCAACUUUUACAUAGUUAAAGUUAGACGAUCCUGCAGACAUGUAUUGGAAUGCGAAUGAUCAAAGUUUAACCCUAAACUCUUGAUUAAUCAGCCAUCACUUCAUAGGCCAAGCUGUUGUAUUAUGCUUAAUGAGUGUUGAAUGAAGUGUCCAAUAA